GCUGUCGGUGGGCUUGGUGGUUUAUACGAUAAGGUGGUGGCGACAGCUUCAAAAAACAUGAUCGACGGAAAUUACAAGGGCUCUCUGCUCACGAUGAAGUCUCGAGAUGCGAUAAUCUGGGGUUUGAUCUUGAAGUUUGGAAACUUGGCUCUUGUCGUAAUGGACACGGCUUUCUGGCAAAAGUCAUUCGCAACGGAGGUGAACGCGACUGUUCCAGGAUACAACCUGGCUGCAGUAGCAAUAUUUGGUAUCCCAUGGGGCCUCGGCACCGUCAUCGGUCUGACUGCAAGAGCACUACACAACACUCCCAUCUGGCCGGGCUAUCCUCAUGAGUUUACACUGGCACAGGUCAACGCAGGGCUAGUUAUGCCUUACACUCUGAAAGCUCUCCUUGGUGACCAGGGAAUCGACGCUUUCCUCGUCUUGGUUUCAUGGCCUUGACGAGCACCGUGUCUUCAUCUAUGAUCGCAGUUAGCAGCAUCUUAUCAUUUGAUGUUUACAAGACGUAUCUCAACCCCGAGGCGUCGGAUAAGAAGUUGGUUCACGUCAGCCAUCAUACAGUGGUGUUUCACGCCGUGUUCAUCACAGCCAUCUCGCUUGCUCUGAACUAUGGAGGCGCAGACAUGACCAGGAUCGGCUACUUCCGCCCUAUCUUAUCUUGCCCAGGUAUCAUUCCCCUAGGCUUGACUCUCUGCUGGUCAGGUCAAACUCGAUUAGCCGCUAUUGUCUCCCCCAUGCUUGGUUUCCUCACGGGAUUGGGCAUCUGGAUUGGAACAGCUUAUCACAUUUAUGGCGAAAUCAACAUGAAGACCACAGAGAGCAGCUUACCGGCUCUAUACGGCGCGAUCGGAUCCUUCUUCUCGCCUGCGCUCUACUCAGUGCUUCUGUCUUCAUACAAACCUGAAAAGUUCGAUUGGAGAAGAUUUCUGGUUGCUGAAAUUGCAGAGGAAACUCAGUUGAAGCAAAGUACCGAAAAGGAGGAGGCCAACAGCGACGGAAACACUUCUUCCAAUUCGGAGGGAGAACCCCCUGCGGCGCCCCUCUUCAACGCCGAAAAGUCAGCUGAUCCCGAAAAGGAUGCCGCCGCUGUUGUGGGUGAAAAGUCGCCUCCUGCCGUUUAUUCCAAUAAUACAGCACUGCCAGGUGAAGUCAACCUGGAUGAUGUUCGCCACCCCUUUGACGACGAAACAAUCAAGUUGCUCUACCGAUGGUAUCGGAUCGCCUGUAUCAUGUUCGUCGCCAUCGUACUGGUCACCUUCAUUCUUUGGCCGAUGCCGCUAUAUCGUAAUUACAUCUUUGAGAAGACCUUCUUCAAGAGCUGGACAACGGUAGCGAUCAUCUGGAAAUUCUUCGCUGUCGUUAUGUACCCUCUGUAUGAUGGACGCUAUGAGAUUGUAAGAGGUGUAAAGGGCGUUUGGCUUUCGAGUAGGGAUCUUCUUCAAGCCAAACAUUGAGCCGCAAACUCAGGAGUAUAGAACAGGUUGAAGCAUCAAAAUCUUGAGCCUGAGUCAUAAGCAUUAUCAACUGUCUUGGCAGAAC